UAAUACGUGUUUAUUUACAACAGUAGAUUAGACCUACGUAGUAUGAUGCACGUGUCCAUAUCGAGCAAAUCGGUCUCCCCGACAUGCGAUGCCCGUGUUUGUGUUCAUCCUGUCAUGUUUGUUCAUUGGUGAAAGAUAUGGCCUGCUUUGAAAUCGACUUUUCCCUUGGUGAUCUGGUAAAACUUUACAAUCAUAUUCAUGCUUUACUUUAUUGAUGAAUUCAUGCAUGUCCUUGGAACUUACACCCUGUUGCAGCUGAAAAAUAUAGCAUACCAGUGUUCACGAUUAGCGUCUGACCCUCUGACAAAUCUGGCAGAUUCGCCGACGGUCUGACAGAAGUCUACAACCCGCCGGCCCCAGUGUCUGACUGUAUAUUUCACAAUGACUCUGACUGAAGUUUUAUGUGACAGGUGAGACCUCCGAAAAACUGCAUAGACGAUCAGGUGCAGACUGAGAGCAUUCUGUGGAUGGUUACCCAUGUGACAGAUGUGACCUUGGGUUCUCCUCCGUGGUGUUGUUGUUGGAACAUCUGAAGAAGAUGCAUGGAGGACAUCUGUCAGCUCAGUUGAGGAACAUGGAACAUGGUACUAAGACAACCAACAUUAUUGGAGAAAUAGAAGGUCAGGACCAGAAUACUGACACACAGAACAAUAACUCCUGUGAUGUUGUGGAGGAGACUGUGAACCAGAACGAGAACACUGACAAUCGUGAUAUUGUUGAGGCGAUAGAGACUCAGAACCAGAACACGGACACCCAGAACAUCAACACCCGCGAUAUUGUUGAAGAGACUUUGAACCAGAACCAGAACACAGACACCCAGAACAUUAACACCCGUGAUAUUGUUGAAGAGACUUUGAACCAGAACCAGAACACAGACACACAGAACAUUAAUGCCCUUGAUAUUGUUGAAGAGACUUUGAACCAGAACCAGAACACAGACACACAGAACAUUAAUGCCCUUGAUAUUGUGGAGGAGACUGUGAACCAGAACGAGAACACAGACACACAGAGCAUUAAUGCCCUUGAUAUUGUGGAGGAGACUGUGAACCAGAACGAGAACACAGACGCUCAGAGCAGUAACAUGUCUGGUAUUUUAGGGGAGGGAGAGAGCCAUGAACAGAACAGAGACUGUCCUGAAGUAAACAUCCAGGACACUGUCAUCAAUGAAGACAGAAACAACGGAGUUGAGGGGACAUCAACAGAAACCAAUAACCCCCAGAAACAUGGACAGAAUCAGGGUCGGAAACGCCGACACUGUCGUAGAUGUGGGAAGGAUUACAGUACAAGACGUGAACUGAAGGCACACAGGUGCCUCAGAAAACUCAAGUCUUUUCCAUGUAAGGAGUGCGAGAAAGUAUUUGCACGUCCAAGUGACCUUCAAGAACACUUGCUAGUCCACGUUGAACGAAAACCUUAUUCCACUUUUUGCAGGUUUUGUUUCAAAAAAUUCAACGAGCUUUCUUCAAAGAGGAAACACAUGAAGAUUCAUGCUGAAAAAAACACUUAUUUGUGCGGAGAAUGUGGGGAAACAUUUGCACUGUCAGCUUGCCUGAAGAAACAUAUGAGAAAUCAUUUGGUCAAUCCUGAUCCAUGUACAGAGUGUGGGAGAACAUUUGCAACACUUGUAGGAUUGAAGAGACACUACAAGCUGUCGCACAGUGGAGAAAAGUCAGCUCAGUUGAGGAACAUAGAACAUGGUACUAACACAACCAACAUUAUUGGAGAAAUAGAAGGUCAGGACCCGAAUACUGACACACAGAACAAUAACUCCUGUGAUAACCCACAGAAACAUGGACAGAAUCAGGGUUGGAAAGGCCGACACAUGCUGGAGCACAGUGGAGAAAAACGUUAUUCUUGUACAGACUGUGGGAAAACAUUUACAGAUGUUCACCAUAUGAGACUACACGUAGCCAUGCACAGUGGAAUCAAACCGUUUCCUUGUUUCCUGUGCGAGAAAGAAUUUACACAUCCAUUUCACCGAAAGAGACAUUUGGCUACUCAUGGUGUUGACUGGCCCUUGUGAGUGAUCGGGUUUGGUUUUACUCUGCUUUUAGCAAUAUUCCAGCAAUAUCACGGCUGGGGACACAAGAAAUGGACUCUACACAUUGUACUGAUGUAGGGAAGCAAAUCCAGGUCUUCGAUGCACAGGCCCUCAUGUCUUUGCGAGGAUUAAAAAAUUAAAAUAAUAUUUUUAUGAGAUGACCCCCCGACUCGAAAUGCU